CCAUCUUAGGCUCGUCCCUCUGCGCAUCUCGAUACAUAAGGGGACUUGCGCGAAGAUAUACAAGAUGGAGGAGCGAUUAAUGUCUCUUUGGACCGACGCACUCGGAACUUGACGCGUUGUAGAUCAGCUUAGCUCUGUUGGACCCUGGAUCAAGAAUACGCGCUUAUGCCAGUCGACGGAUGAAAGGAUGGCUUUGCUGGCCAACGGGUAUGCUCACUACCUGUUCUUCAUCGCCGUCCUUCUCUCCCCCCCCUUUGACCACUUGCCUCUACCCGUUCGGAACGGAGAACAGUGCCAGUGGCACCUCCCGACGUAUGACGAUCCGUGUCAAUGACGGACGCCCUCAAUCUGGUUCCGCGAAACGAUGUAUGAUUGCCGAGGAGCGGAAAUUAGGUCGCUAUCAGGUCUCGGUCGAUCCAUGACCCUCCUCCUUCUCAAGCUUCUUCUAGUUCACGCCAGGACUCCGAUUUU